AUGGAGGAAGAGAAGCUGAUCCGGCUUCAUGAUAUGCUUGCCAAGCUACGCCCCGGUGGAAAGAAGGGUGGCUUAGGAUUCGCGUCAAUUGGUGGCAGAAAAGGAGUGAAGCGCUCAGAUGGACUGCCUAAUAACGGAUUGUAUUCCAUGUUCGUGCGUCAGGGUGAAGGAUCUUAUCAGCAUAAGCACUGGGAAGAGAAUGAGGAUGACGAGGCUGACAAGAGCGAAUUGUCAAAAAAGGAAAAAAAACGCGCUAAAAAGGAGAAGCUUGAGAUGAAACAUGCUGAUUCUGAAGCUGUCGCUGUUAUGGAGGCCGAAGGUGUUGGUUCCCAGAGGAAAAGUAAGAAGCGGAAACUUGAAAAUGAGAAAGUCAAAGCGGUUGCAAACGAGAUCAACGACGAGAUGAACCAGGAACCGAAGCGCAAAAUAAAAAAGGAGAAGAAGCACAAGAAACACAAAACGAUUGUUGAGGAACCUUCAUCGAAAUAA